AACAUCGCAAUUUAAGACAUUGUUUUACAUACAUCUCUCAGCCAUGAGUCGAAACACGCUCAUCGACCUCCUCGUCGCAUGUUUCGCCCUCGCCGCCUUGGUCGUGCCGCAUGUGACAGCCCAGAACUGCGGAUGCGCCGCCGGCCUCUGCUGCAGCCGUUUCGGUUACUGCGGGACCGGCCACGACUACUGCGGACCGGGUUGCCAAGCCGGCCCCUGCGACCCCGCCGCGGCCCCGCCCGCCACUAACGCAGUCGUGGUCGGUGACAUUGUCACCGACGCCUUCUUCAACGGGAUCAUCAACCAAGCGGCUGCAAGCUGCGCCGGAAAGAGGUUCUACUCGAGGCAAACGUUCCUCAACGCCCUCGGUAGCUUCCCGAGGUUCGGCCGGGUCGGGUCGGUCGACGACUCGAAGCGCGAGAUCGCCGCUUUCUUCGCUCAUGUCACGCAUGAGACUGGACAUUUUUGUUAUAUCGAAGAGAUAAAUGGGCAAACCGAUCCCCAAAAGAUCUACUGCGACCCCAACGUGCCACAGUACCCGUGCAAACCGGGCAAGAGGUACUUCGGGCGAGGACCCCUCCAGAUCACAUGGAACUACAACUAUGGCCCAGCCGGCCAAAGCAUUGGGUUCGACGGGCUCAACUCGCCGGAGACCGUCGCGAACAAUCCCGUCAUCGCCUUCAAGGCCGCCCUGUGGUUUUGGAGUAGCAACAACCUCCAGUCCAAGCUCUCGGGCCAAGGGUUCGGCGCAACAAUCCGAGCCAUUAAUAGCAUAGAGUGCAACGGGAUGAACCCUGGAGCUGUUCAAAACCGGGUCACGUAUUACACUAACUACUGUAAGCAAUUUGGGGUUGCACCUGGUGCUAAUCUCAGCUGUUAAGGGUCUCCGAUCAGCACUAGUCAAUGUGGGUACAAACUUUGACAAUAAUGUACCCUAGAAAACAGCCUCUCUCUGCCUAGUGUAGCUUGGUCAUCAGGACGAAUAACGACCUUCUUGCACUAGUAAUGUUAGAAAAACCCUAAAGAGAAAGGGGAUGAUGAAAUAAAAAUCUUGCUUUUGCUGUGAACA